AUGCCGCCCAAAGGUAAAGCGGCCACAAAGCCCAAAGCAACCGAAACUCCAGCGACUACCACCUCCAAUCCCACCACGACCAAUACUACAAGCCAAACAGCAUCGCAACCAUCAGAACCUACUACCGUACUCGAACGUAGCCAACAGCGUUACGAAAAGACCCGUCCAUUCGAAGCUGCCCGUCAGCAGAAAGGACUUAGCAAACUCCCCAAAGAAGACCAGAAAGGUUGGAUCUGCGACCAGCUCCUACAUCUGACCAACCGCCUGCCCGCAGCCAGCCGCUCAAGCCUCCUCGGUCCUAAAGCGUCCAAGGAGAUCUGGUGGACCGUCAACGGGACCAACUCAAUCGUCCGCGGACUCAAGCACAAGCCGAAGCCACAUACUACCUGGGGCACUGAUCGGAACGGCCACGACGUCGGCAGCUACACGAUCGAGCGGUUCGACGAGCGAUUCAGGAAGCGGAUCGCAUUGACAGCGCUCCAAGUGUCGAGCAGAGUAUUUCGGGAGAACGUUGAGCGUGAGAAGAGAGGGUUUGUCGACGCAAGGUCCGGACGGGAGAUUAUUGUUACGGAAAGAGAGAUUGACGAAGAGAAGGUCAGACGAAGCAAGAUGGCUGCGCUCAAGAAGGAUCUGUACGGCGCUAUCACGGGGAAGCUGGCUGAGAGCGUGGAGUGGGAGGAUGUCGUUCCUAUUCCGCAUGAGGAGCCCGAGGGCGCGCUGGCGGCAAUCAUUUAUCCGGCUGAGUAUGCUGAGGCAAUGUCCUACCUCCGCGCCGUCAUGACCACAAAGGAGUACUCACCCCGCUGCCUUCGCCUAACUGAGCACAUCAUCGCCAUGAACCCCGCCCACUACACCGUCUGGCUCUACCGCGCCGCCAACAUCUUCGCCCUGGGCAUAUCCAUCCCGGACGAGAUCGAGUGGCUUAAUGAAGUUGCGCUCGCCAACCUUAAGAACUACCAAAUCUGGCACCACCGCCACCUGCUCGUUGAGCACUAUUACCCCACCAUCUCUUCCGACCCCGACGCUCUUGCCCAAUUCGCCAAACAAGAACGUGGCUUCCUCAUCGCCAUCCUGUCCGAAGACACCAAGAACUAUCACGUCUGGUCGUACCGCUCGUGGCUGGUUGGCAAGCUGGGGAUGUGGGAGGACGAGGAAGAACUGAAGUCGAUUGAGAAAAUGAUUGACGAGGACGUGCGAAACAACAGUGCUUGGUCGCACCGGUUCGUUUUGGUGUUCUCUAACCCAAAGUAUGCAACGCCGGGUAAGGCGGCGACGGAAAAGGAUGAAAAGGUGCCCCAGGAGCUGGUGGAGAGAGAGGUGAAGUAUGCCCAGAACAAGGUGUAUCUGGCGCCGCAGAACCAGAGCCCAUGGAAUUACAUGCGGGGCGUGUUGGUGAAGGGCGGCCAGCCUCUGGCAAGCGUGCAGGAGUUUGUGGAGGAGUUUGUGAAUAAGUUGGGUGAAGGGGAGGAGGAGGAAGAGGUGAAAAGUACGCAUGCGUUGGAUUUGUUGGCGGAGAUUUAUGCGGAGAAGAAAGAGAAUGAAAAGGCGGAUCUGUGUUUGAGGAGGUUGGCGGAGAAGUGGGAUAAGAUUCGGGGAGGGUAUUGGGAGUGGAGGAGGAAGUGUUUGACACAAAGUGAGACGGAGAAGGCGCCCGGAGAGCAGGUUGAAAAGGCUGAGGAGGGAAUUGCAGCGGCCUAGGUGGGUUUGCUUGAUUUGAAGAAAUGGGUGGCUUUCAAGAAACGGAUGGUUUUGGUCGAACGGUUCGGACGAGAGUAUUGAAAGCAGUUAUAGGGUAGCUCAGUACGAUCAUAUGGUCAAAGGGCAUCGGGUAAUUUGGUUCAUACAGAGGAGGGUUCCCAAGCCGCUCGCUUUGGUAGUUGUUCUGUAAAACAAUUUGUAGUGUGUAUCAUUCUUGAUGGCUUUUCGAGG